AUGAACGCCGUUAAUCUCGAUGGCAGGCUCCUGAUACACUCUUUCGUACUGGCGGCGACGUGUCUUCUACAGCUGCCCGUGGAGUGUGUCGACUGCCGGGCGCGCGCAUUAGCUCCCAGCAGGAGCCUCCUUCCACUCGCGCAGCCGGGAUUCCUCACCAGGCCGUCACGCCCGUCACCUCAGCGUCUGCUAGGUGCGCGGGCGCUGCCGCCAACCGCCCAUGGAACGGAUGUGCCGAGCACGUACUCCGAGCAGGUCGACUACUACGAGGAGCAUCUGCGCAGCCAAGCGCCAAAGCCUGGAUCCAGGUACUACAUUCUCGCCAUAGAGACCAGCUGCGACGAUGCGUGCGCCGCGAUACUCUCCAGCGACGGCGACAUCCUCGCCGAGGAGCGUGCCGGCAACCCCGAGUCGCUGAUCAAAUUCGGCGGCAUCAAGCCAGACGAGCUGUAUCGCUUCCACCUCGAGCACCUUGGGUCGAUCAUUGACCGUGUAGUCGCCAACGCUGGGGUCCGCAUGGCCGACGUGAAGCGCAUCGCUGUGACACGUGGACCUGGCAUGACCAUCUGCCUGAAGGCUGGUUACGAUGCCGCUGCCGAGAUCUCGACGCGGUACGGAAUCCCCCUUGUUGCGGAGAACCAUCUUGCCGGACACUGCCUGUCGCCCUUCAUCAAGGGCCACCAGUUCGGCAUCUCCGCCGGAGGCGACGCACACCCCUCUCAAGAGCUCAGGUACCCUUUCCUCUCGCUGCUGCUUUCGGGAGGGCACUCACAAAUCUACGUCGUGGAGGGGCCCGCCAAGUUCCACAUGCUGACCGACACUAUGGACACCUACGCCGGCAACGUGCUUUACAAGUGCGCCAAGGAGUUGGGGCUCCCGAUCAGCAACGGCGGUGGCCCCUCGCUGGAGGAGGCUGCGAGGAAGGCUCGGGGCGACCCCAUCUUCAGCAUGACUGAGCCGUGCAAGGACAUGGCCUUCACCAGCUUCUGUUUCUCGGGCGUACACACGCAACUCCGGGCGAUGCUGGCACGGUUGAGGAAGGAGUACGGCCAGGACGUGACAACCAAAAACCCCGAUGUCGUGAACCACCUGGCGUACACCUGUCAGGAGAUUGUGUUCCAGCAAGUGCUGCGCCAGCUGAACAAGGCACUGGACAUUUGCGACAGCCUGUUCGGGAUCGAUCAGCUGGUCGUUGUCGGAGGCAAGUUACUUUUGCGCUUCAGCACACUUUGCGCAGGCGUGUCGUGCAACGAGCGGUUGCGUGAGCUCAUUGCGGAUCUCUUGCGCAAGCGCGCAGAUUCAGCAGGGAGCCGGAUCAGGGCGUUCGCCACCCGCAUGUACGGCAACGUCAAGAAGGCGUGGCCGCUCAAGGACUUCGAACGCAACGACGCGGACGAGAACAUACUCGUCCGCAAUUUGGUCGACCGUAUGCGUGGCGUUCGGGAGCUGCCGGAGCUCCUCCGUCUGCUCUGGAGCCACGACCUCUACCCCGACCUCCUGCAGCGCAGGGAGGGCAUCCACCUCAGCGUCCAGCACAAAAACGCGCUGUACAGCGCGCUCAUGCAGGCCUAUCUGUCGUUACUGAGUGACACCGAGGCCUACCAUUUGCACAGGAACCUGCUCGAUAAAAGCCGGGAACGGGAGGUUGAUCUCCAGCCGGACCCACGGGUUCUGGAGGAGCUCGUGAACCUCGAGCGGCAGCAGCGCUCCAGCCUCAUAGCCGGUCGCCGCCACGCCAAGGAAGAAAAGCGCGAGUGGCAGCUGUUCACGACAUCGGGCAAGUACUGCACGGACAAUGCGGUGAUGGUCGCUCACAGCCUGCUGGAGAAGCACCGAGCCGGCCUAGAUGGGAUCCCUGGCAGCGUAUUUGAGCACCGUGUGGUCGACCAGUGGGACCUUGCCUCCAGGAGGCAUUGGGAGAUGCUCUCCAACAUCGCCCUGCUCCACUCGCUCACCCACGACUGA